AUGUCUGAGGAGAAGGAGGGAGAUGCGACUCUGGUUACCAGAAAGAAACGUCUGCGGCAUCAUCGCCCAAAGAAAAGAACAAACACAACCGAAGAAGAAGAGAACGAACACCAACACACACAGAUGGAUGGAGAUGAUGAGGCGUACACAACAGAAGAUCAUUGUGAGGAUGUGGAAACAACAGCCACAACACACAAGGCGAAUGAAAAAGUGUCAAGGCAAAAUAAGAAGACCCGCACUGAAGUUGCAGUGAAAGAAGAAAAAGAAGAAGAAGAAGAAGGGGAAGAGGAAGAAGAAAAAGAACCAAAGCGUGAGUCUAAGAGUUCCAAGAGUAAUGAAAAAGUUAAACAACGGGAAAAGGUUCCUUUCGCCUCGGAUUACAAGGCACUCAACUUAAAUCCACACGUUGUCACGGCACUUGAAAACGAUUUUAAAUUUCAGGAGUUGACGGGCAUUCAGGGCCGUUGUAUUCCCGCAGCCCUCAGCGGCCGGGAUUUACUCGCGGAGGCCAAAACGGGAUCCGGCAAAACUCUCGCCUUUCUCAUUCCCGUUGUGGAGAUUAUUGCCCGUGCGGGAUUUCGUCCAAAGAAUGGCACCGCUGCUGUUAUUAUUGGACCCACACGAGAAUUAUGUUUACAAAUUGAAGGUGUUUUACUGAAAUUACUUAAACAUUUUAAUGGUUCGAUAACAUUUCUUUGCUGUAUUGGAGGUCAAAGUCGUAAUCAAGAGGCAUUUAAACUUGUAAGUGGUAUGAUGAUUGUAAUGGCAACACCUGGUCGAUUAUUGGAUCAUCUUAAACUGACAAGUGAUUGGCUUACAAAGAAUUUAUUGGUUCUUGCUGUGGAUGAGGCAGAUCGUGUGCUUGAUAAUGGAUUUGAAGAAGAUAUGCGUGAGAUUGUCUCACUUCUUCCUAGACAACGACAAACGUUUCUUUUUUCAGCAACGCAAACUACUCGAGUGGAGCAAUUGGCACGUAUUUCCUUUUACCGUCCACCACUCUUUAUUUCUAUGAAACGUAAAGAAGAUAAGGCAACAGUGGAUACAUUGGAACAGGGAUAUGUAAUGUGUCCAUCUGAACAACGAUUACUUGUUCUUUAUCAUUUUGUUAAACGAAAUCUUAAGAAAAAAAUGAUUGUUUUCUUUAGUAGUCGAAACGCUGUUAGUUUUCAUUGUGAAUUAUUUAAUUAUAUUGAUGUUCCAUGUGUGGCAUUUCAUGGAAAACAAAAACAACAUCAACGUUCUGCAACGUAUAUGCAAUUUUGUAAUGCUCCUAGUGGAGUACUUUUCACAACAGAUGUGGCAGCACGUGGACUUGAUAUUCCACAAGUGGAUUGGAUUGUACAAUUUGAUCCUCCAGAUGAUCCUGUAAAGUAUGUUCAUCGUGUAGGACGAACUGCACGUGCUGGACGUUGUGGAAAUGCUCUUAUGUUUUUAUUACCUCAAGAAAAAUUAUUUUUAAAGUAUUUAUACGAUGAUGCUCAUAUCUCUGUAAAUGAGUAUGUUUUUGAUUUAAGUAAAGUAAAGGAAAAGGUGGGUGAACAGUUAGAACAACUGGUGAAUGCGAAUUAUUAUCUGCGAACUUCGGCACGUCAGGCAUAUGAGGGUUAUCUUUUAAGUUACAGCAGUUCACAAUUAAAGAAUGUGUUUGAUAUUCAUAAUUUGGAUUUAGCAGCCGUAGCGAAGGGAUUUGCGUUAAGUGAACCUCCACCACUAAAAUUAGAUCUUUCGCAGUCCGCAGCUCAUAUGAGUAAAAAGUCACGUCGUGAAUUUCAUCGCAUGAAAGAAUCAAAAGAUCAUAAAAGACGGGCCGUGAAUGAACAGACAAUAAAAAAACGUCACACAAAUGUUAGUGGUGAAUGGUGA